CGCGGGGCCCCGUUAGUCUGAACACCGCGCUCAUGUGACGUCGGUAAAAUGUAUAAUUUGUGAUGCGGAAUUAGAGUUAAAAGCGCAAAAACAGCGCGUUUUUGUUGAGGAAUUCACCGUGUGUGUAUUUAUGAAAGCUUGUUAGGGUUUUUAUUAUCUAAAUAUAGGAUGUGCUCUGUGUGUUUGAGCAGUUUUUACCGCUAGUUGUUGGUUUUAUUUCAUUCACCUGAACCUAACUGGUUUGUAAACAAACAUGGAUCCGACAGAAAACACAGAUCCAGACUCUACUGGUCGUGGCGCACAACGUCGCAACUGGGCUGGAUUCUGGCUUCUCGGAUUGUGCAACAACUUUGCUUAUGUGGUAAUGCUGAGUGCCGCCCAUGACAUCCUGAAAAAACAAGAGUCGCAGAACGCCACGGCAUCCGUAAACAGUUCAGUCACAUUUUCCAUGGACUUCCAAGCUGGGAACAGUAGCAACAGCAGCAGCUACGACUGCAACCCUGUCUCUACUGCGGCUGUGCUGUUGGCCGACAUCCUCCCAACUCUCGUCAUCAAGCUGUUUGCUCCCUUUGUGAUCCACAAACUGCCUUAUGGUGUCCGAGUGUUGUUCUGCGUCGUCAUGGCGGCGACAAGUUUCCUCCUCGUGUCCUUCUCCUCGGCUGUGUGGACGAGCAUUCUGGGCGUGAUCUUUGCCAGCAUCAGUGCAGGACUGGGGGAACUGUCCUUCCUCUCUCUCACGGUAUAUUUCAGCAGGGAUGUACUGGGAGGUUGGGGCUCCGGUACUGGUGGCGCUGGUGUUGCUGGCGCCCUCCUCUACUCGGGUCUCAUCCAAGCCGGCCUCUCGCCCCAGAUCACGCUUCUCAUCAUGCUGGUUGUCCCGUUUGCCAUGCUGGUGAGCUAUUUCUUCCUGCUGGUUCCUCCACCUUCAUUCCCUCAGUGGAGGAGCAGCGACACUGAAUAUACAGCUGUGGGCUCAGAGGAGAGACGGCAGCUGAUGGAUGAUCCAGAGGAAGAGGAGCAGGAGAAAUCACCCCCAGGCCAUGUUAUCUUCCCCUUUAAUGUGUCAGAAAACAGGACCUCCAGACUUCUCACCUUCCCGGAGAAACUGCAGGUCAUCAAAGGUUUGCUGAAGUUUGUACUUCCUCUGGGACUGGUCUACUUUGCUGAGUACUUCAUCAACCAGGGUUUGAUGGAACUCCUGUUUUUCCGCAACUUCUUCCUGUCACAUGCAGAGCAGUAUCGCUGGUACCAGACGCUCUACCAGGUCGGUGUGUUGUUGUCUCGGUCCUCCCUUUGCUGUAUAAAGAUCAGGAAACUGUGGGCUCUGUCGUUACUACAGGUGGUGAAUGCAGUGUUUCUCCUGUUCGCUGUUCGUUACCAGUUCCUGCCCAGCGCCUGGCUGGUGUUUGCUAUUGUCCUCUAUGAGGGUCUGCUGGGUGGAGCUGCUUAUGUUAACACCUUCUAUUUCAUCAGCAAGGAGACUGAGGACAGAUACAGGGAGUUUGCGAUGGCUGCUGCCAGCGUAGGAGACAGUCUGGGCAUCGCUCUGGCUGGACUCGCAGCUUUCCCCGUCCACAGAUACUUCUGUUCCCUAUGACUGAGCCCACGCACUGACCGGCAGCAUGAAUAAGCAAGACGUGGGUGCGCUGCAUUUGAUGGACUUUUUUUAUUUUUUUUAACUGAAAUGGGUUACAGACUGACCUGAAAAAAGCAGACAUCACUCCUACAUACAAACAUUGAUUCCACAAAGUGUAUAUAAUGCAGAUUUCAAAUCAACAGCAAGUGAACCGUAUAGAUAGAUGAGGACUCACUUAUUAAUUUUACCAUCAACCCCUGACCGACUGUUGCUGUGUCCUGGAAUACACAGGAUUUUUUUUAUUUGUUUGCAGUAAUGAAGGCUUUAAAAUGUAAACUCAGAGCUGAUUUUAUGUGAAAGUGCAUCUCUGAAGCCAAACAUGGUACUUAAACGAGUAGUAGUAAAGGCCUCAGGUGACAACACUUAUGAUUAUAACUUUUUUUAUUGUUUUAUUUGUAUUUACUACUGUUGAUAUGGUAUCUCUGUUAUGCCAUUAUCACGAUGUUGAACCAUUGAUUCCUGACUGUUAAAGCAUUAUUUUUUUGCUUAACACUGUUGAACUAAUGGUAACAGAAGAGAAGCUAGAAGCUCUCUAGUAGAUAAAACUUUUAUGGUGCCUUUUUAACAUCAAGCUUAAUUCAGAUUAUUUCUAAACUAAAUGAUGUGUUGUCGAGUUUAUUGUGCUUUUAAAUCACUGGUACAAUUCGAACAGGCCUUUAACUGAAGUGACCCAGGAUGCCUUCAAUUGUAAGUUCGUUAUGAAAGGGAACCGGAGUGUUUUUAACUUUUAAAACUUUAUGUUUUAUUUACGGUUCUGUCGCAAUAUGGAAACCAGGACAAUAUCAAGAGCUUUAACAUGCUUUGCACUAACGUUCAAAAGUUUGGGGUCACUUAGAAAGGUCCUUAUUUUUGAAAGAAAAACAUUUUUUUCAGUGAAGAUAACGUGGAAUGACUGAUAAAUCCAGUGUAGACAUUGUUAAUGUGGUAAAUGACUAUUCUAGCUGGAAACGGCUGAUUUUUAAUGGAAUAUCUCCAUAGAGGUACAGAGGAACAUUUCCAGCAACCAUCACUCCUGUGUUCUAAUGCUACAUUGUGUUAGCUAAUGGUGUUGAAAGGCUAAUUGAUGAUUAGAAAACCCUGCAGUUAUGUUAGCACAUGGAGAAAAGUGGGAGUUUUCAAAGGACAUCACUGAAAAGGUUUCAUAGCAAGUAGUGCAAACUUUUUUUAUUCCAAAACCUCACCUUUUCUGAAGUUUUAAAGUAAUGGAUGAGAACAUGUUUGAAAAUGUGAUUUUACUCUGUUGGACAGUGAACAUCUCACGAACUAAUGUGUACAUUCCUACUGACAUUUUAACCAUGUUGUGCUGCUACUGCUGCAUUACAGCUUUAAUAUUGUUUGUUUAGCCUGUCCUGAGUUUAACAUGAAUAAAGCAAUGAGGUUACCUUUGA